GUGUUACUAAAUAGCUUCAACCUCCUGGUUGUUUGCGAUUUUGAUAAUCUCCUUAUUCGGACAGGCAGGAAAUUUCCAAUUAUAGACCUACGGCCCGAUAUUGUCUCGAAGCAUGAUCAGUAAGAUUUCUCUUCUGGGGGUUUAGGUAUUUGAGGCUUGCAUUAAUCCUUGUCGGCAUAUACAUGGGACAUAUGCAACUGCUGCGGAACGGGAAACGCCAAAUAUUGGAUUACCUGCAGUAUCUUGCAGAUAUUAAUAUGCGUCCCUCAACGUUCAGCUUGUAGCAAACACCCAAUGAUGAGGAGGUGCAACCCCGAACCGUUCUCGUCGUGUAAUAAGUGAACAUACUGUAGAUGGGUCGAGCUAUCAAACAUUGCCCUCUCGUUACUAUCUCACCGAAUCAGGCGUCUUCAACUUAGGCGACCGCCAAGCAAAGGAGAUGUCACGAUGCGGCAUAGUUGGGAAUGAGGUACCGAUUAAUUCGCCAGCUUGGGGAAACACGUUGUCCAACUGCUGACGAAUCCCUUGCCGGAGUGGGAUCGGUCAAGCCGACCUAGGGUAGAUUGUUAUGAUAUAUAAUGAGACUGAGAUGUGUUGGACGUCUCUUGACCAAGACUUCGACAAAAACAAGUCUGUCGUUCGUUAGUCUGAGUUGCAUACUGCUUGUGAAUACGUCAACAUAUAGAAACACCUAUCUCAGCCUAAACCUGUCAUUUUUAUUGAGAGCUAGAACCCCCCGACAUAGCCAUGACGGUUACGUUCCAUAGCCUGAUCACGGCUCUCUUCCUUCUCACCCCCACAACCCGGGCGCUCCCACACCCGUUCGAAACCGCUGCCACGGCGACGGCUAUCGACUCUACGGAGACACCCCCCGGAGGAUACGGACCCCCUCCGGCAAGCACUCCCACCCCAACCGUGGCCGCGAAUUCGACGACAAGCGCAACGGCACCACCGACUACGUCGUUUCCCUCAUCAUCUGCAUCGUUGUCUCAGGCUAGUUUUACGGGACGCUGCGAUUACAGCUACUGCAACUCUGGUAGCAACGUUUGCUUUUAUUGGGCCGGGUACACGUCGUGGGACGUAUCGCGAGGCCCGAUACCUGGCGAGGUUCCGACCAUCCUUGGGCCUUGCUAAGCUGGAUGAGGGGGAUGGAUGGAUUGAGCUAAACCUCCUGGAGACGCUGUGGUGGUAUUAAUGUUUAUAUUGUUUA